GAGGUUGAACUCCUGAUGGUCGCAUUGCUUACCACAUAUGAUAAGUGUUAAUAUUAAGACUUUUAAGAACUUUAACUGGACAGUACUUUAAAACACUUUUCUGGUGAAUAACUCCAUACAGGGAUUAGGCUACCGCUAAGUCGUUUUUGCAUAAAAAAAAAAAAACUCCCUGAACGUGUUGAGGUAGCCUACAUGUUGUGAUGGCAGUCAGGAGGAGCAGCUCUGUCACUUUGGUUUGUCUCGGUGUGUCUUUGUUCAUCAUCGGUCCGUGUCAGUCGGGCUGUCGGGAAACAGGUCUGUGUUGCACCGGCCGGGACCCGUCAUGCAUCAGCAAAGGAUGGAGGUCUGACCGGUCCUAUGGCACCUGCUACUGCGACCAAGCCUGUGUGUCCACCCUGGACUGCUGCCACGACUAUGACACAGCCUGCCCAGCGCUGUCCUGUGUAGUGAGCGAGUGGACAGAGUGGUCAGGCUGUGCCGAGCCCUGCAGGGCCACAGUCCGCAGGCGGAGCCGGAGGAUCCUGCAGGAGCCACUCAAUGCAGGCAAACCCUGUCCCCAUCUAGAGGAGCAUGCCGGCUGUGCAGAGUACUGGUCUCAGCAAGGGAACUGCCAAAACCCACUUGUCCCAGCACUGAUUAUUGCGGGUGGCUAUGGCAACGCCAGGAAGAAAAGAGACAUCCCUGACAGCAGCGACAUUAUAGGAAAUAGGUAUUGUGUCCAGUUUCAGUUGACCUCUCUGACAAAGGGAUGCCAGCAGAGUUCAGGCCCACACACCCAGUGGAUGCAGCACCUGAGGGAGGGGCAUCAUGUGUGUGUCGAGUGCCAGCCGCCUGCUCUCGCUGCUGGACAGACACACUGUGCUGGAGAUGGAGAGGAAAACGACGAGGGCAGAAGGCAGUCUCUCCAGUGGCAGGCUGUGGGAAACCCUCGAUGCAGGGGUGUGUGGAGGCGUGUUGGGAGGCUGGAGGCCUGCUCCUGCCCAACAGCCCGCAGCUUCCUAUUCAUCUAACCUCCUCCUUCCUUCUGUUAGCCUCCCGCCUGUACAUAUUUACUCAGAGUUGUGUAUAAAAAACAAUCUGCCAGAAUAAUUAGAAACCAGCCAGAAUAAUAAACACUGGUCGCUAACCUGAUCUAUUAAAGAGUUCUGGUCAAUGCUUAGUUGUGCCUUCUCCAAAUUAGUGCAACAACAUGUUUACAUUUUAUUAAUAUGGCUAAAUGUGUGCCAAUGAAAAUGUCCUAUUUCUUAAUCAGAAUACAAUACAUUUCUUGUCCUUACUGCUCAACAAGAACUUUAAUAUAGUAGUAGUAAAUACAUAUUCCCAUUUUGGUUUGCAUCAAAAACUGCAAAUUAACAGUGAAAUGAAAGUCAGAAAUGCCUAAUCAAAAUGUAAAGUGAUCUGAUUUAUUUCAUUUUAUUCAUCCAAGGGAAAUGUUGCUUUUCUUAAGAAAUAGAAAUAUCUUGGGACAUUGAGACACUUUUUUAACAUGACAAGUACUGGCUUUGUGUGAAUCACAACCAGUCACAACGCCAAAGUUACAACAUGCACUAAACAAUUGAACAUUUAUACAGAAACAACAGCAUAGAAAGUCAACAGGUAAAAAUGUGUUGCUUUUUUUUUUUACAAAACAGACAGCCUGUGGACCUACAAACAACAUUGUAUAAGAGCUGGCUAAGGUCGUUCAAAUAUCUUUUUUUUUUAUUCCCUGGAAACAGUGUACUUUACAAAGACUGAUGGCUUAGGCAAGGUUGGGGUCAAUUCCACUGAGAGCUUUGAACGUAGAAAAAAUAUAGUUAAUGUUUUUGUACUUGGUUUUAAUUUGUCCCAUGCUCUAAUACUGGCUCCUUUUAGAGUGUCAUGUGUGAUGUGUGUUGUACUCCAUCAAGGCAUCCUGAAUCGACCCCAACCCUGUAAUACAGUGUUAGAUUCAGAGUAUGUGGAAUUGGGCUACUUGCUAAAGCAGUGGUUCUCACUGGGUUUUGGAAACUACCACAUGUCCUUGAAAAAGGGUCCUAUGGGGUUUUAACAAAAAAUGAAAAAGACUUGAACCUCUAGCAGUUAAAUUUAGCAGGUAGUGCGAUAAACAAGUUCUAUUGUAGGUUUCAACUAAAUGCAUUUACUGUACAGUUGGGAGUCUUGUUAUAGAACAUUUUGAGAAUCUGUGCUCUUUAUAGUUUGUAUCAAUAAAUGAGAAAUAAAACAAGUCCCUUAA